AUGUUAUCUAAUCGAUCGAAUAAGGACACCAAGGAAGUCAAACGCAUUAGUUUGAUUCCAAGUCGACAGGAGCAACAAUAAGACCAAGAAUACAAGUACAUAUAACCUGUAAAAACUGUGAAUGUGGAGAAUCAGGAUCCAAAAUGGUCAGAACUCAAAGUAGAUGGCAAGAAUAUCAACCACAGAGCCUACUCCAGCAUAACAAUCCAUAAUGAUUUCUUGUAUUUGUAUGGGGGAUACCAAGUUCAAUUAGGAAUCAUGGAUGAAUUCUAUCGUAUGAAUCUAAAGAGUUUAAGUUACCAAUGGGAAAAGCUGACUUACAAGGAAAACCCAGGACCCAGGACUCGCCAUCAGAUGUGUACCUUCAUAGAUAGGAUCUACAUAUUUGGUGGUCAGAUUCACUAAUCAGUCUCCACCAAUUCCAUGUGGUACUUUGAUCUCAAUUCCCACAUCUGGAUUAAGUGCAAAAUUAAUCAAUCAUAUCCUCCAGAAAUAGACAAUCACACAGCCAUCAUCCACAACGAUAAUUGGAUUGUAUUUGGGGGUUUUUUUGGAGGAACUGUUGGCUUACAUUCUAACUAUGUUUAUAAAUAUGAAUUUAGUUCCAACAAUUGGCAAAGAGUUUAACCAUAAGUCAGCAAAGCUCCAUAUCCCAGAGACGGAGCAGGCAUAGCUAUGCAUAAGAACAUUCUCUACAUGUUCGGCGGAUCUAAUGGUCAUGAAAGAUUUAACGAUCUAUGGAAAUUCGAUUUCUAAGUAUGGACCGAAAUCCCUAUCAGUUCCAAAGUAAAACCUAGAAUCAGAUCAGGUCAUGUGAUGCUUGCUCAUGAUGAUAAAAUAAUCAUCUUUGGAGGAAUACAUGAUAUCACUUGGGAAUUAGAUGACUUAUAUGUAUUUAAUCUUAAGAAAAUGGAAUGGGUUAGUGUUGAUGAGGACAGCGCUAGAAAGAAGGAUAAAUAAUUACUAUCUCCAAGCAAGGACACCAAAUAAGAUCAACAUUCACGAAGAUAAUUCAGAAAAUCCACUAGAACUGGCAGCAUAAAAAAGACUUUUAAAAGAACAACUCUCUCUCCCCUUAAAAAACCUGAUUAAUCUGAAGACAGUUUGGAGUCACCUACUAGAAAUUUGUCUUAAGCUUAAUCUAAUUAAAAAACCCUAGAUGAAAAAAAAAGAAAAGAAAUUUAACAGAAGAAAAUGGCUUUAUUAAAGAUUUUUGAAGUUGAUGAGGGUUAAAAAUAAUAACUUAGAGACAAUUCUCCUACCUCUGAAAAAAUGAGGAAUUCCUUAUUCUUAAUAGGCAAUCCAAAGGCUGACUUGAAAAUUAGAUAGGGAAAACUAACUGAAUUUGGAAAGCCUUUGGUUUCAAAAUUUCUUUAGCCCCUUCAAUCAAUGUAAAAUUCAAUCGUUGGAAAGAAACCCUGCGCUCGAGAUGGACAUUCAUUUACAAUAUAUGAAUCUUAACUUCUCAUUUUCGGUGGAGAUAGACAUCAAAUGUCCUUUAAUGAUAUAUAUUCUUUAGAUUUAACCAAAGUUUGA